CUCUAUAGCGAAAUUCUCUUUAUAAGGAACUAAUUUUGUGGCCCGAAAGCAAAAGUUGUUUCUUUAUAACGAAAUGUCAAUUUUCAAAUUUGAAAACAAAGUUUACUACGAUUUGUAUUCCUCAUUUUAAAAGGGAACUCCCCGUUUUGGGAAGAAUUUUCUUAAAGUGAAUGUGUGUAUGCAUGGAUGUGUUAUAGAAAUGUUACGCAUAUCAACAGGUCAAUUGUUCGAGUUGGCAUUUUUAGUUUGAGAAUUGUUGCCAAAAUGUCGAAGCGCAAAGCUAUUUCGCUAUCAGAGAAGUUAUCGAUGAUUGAAAAAGUUAAAAGGGGAGAAAAGAAAAAAGAUGUUGCAGACAAAUUUGGUGUAUCGUUUAGUACAUUGUCGACAAUUUUAAAAAACGAAUGCAAAAUUUUAAAGUUUGCCGAAGAAAGUUCAAACAGAAGCCAAAAAAAACUAAGAAGAACAAAAUACGGUAAUCUGGAUAAAGCAAUGUUAAAAUGGGUGCAGAUAAACAGGAAAAGGAAUUUACCAAUCUCGGGCUCUAUUAUCAAACAAAAAGCUAAAUUUUUUUCUGAAUCUUUGGGACAGCAUAAUUUUAAAGGCAGUACUGGAUGGCUGGAUAAAUUUAAAACACGGUAGGGCAUCAAACAAAAAACUCUAUGUGGGGAAGGGGCUCACGUAGACGAUGAAGUGUGCCAAAAUUGGAUUAAAAAUACGCUUCCAAAUUUACUGGACGGAUAUAGCCCUGAGAAUGUUUUUAACGUGGACGAAACGGGUCUUUUUUUUAAAAGUCUUCCUCAAAAAACACUUGCUUUAAAAAACGAAAAGUGUCACGGAGGAAAGAAAAGCAAGGAGAGAGUUACCUUAAUGGUUGGAUCAAAUAUGGCAGGUGAUGAAAAAUUGAAGCUUUUAGUGAUUGGGAAAAGUGCAAAGCCUCGUUGUUUUAAAGGAAUCCAGUCCUUGCCAGUUGAUUAUUUUAAUAAUAAAAACUCUUGGAUGACCGGUGAACUUUUCCAAAAAUGGAUAAUCAAAGAAGAUCAAAAAUUUUUGCGACAAGGACGCAAAGUUUUAUUUUUUCUUGAUAACUGUCAGGCGCACCCACCCAUGGUUCAGAUUUAUUUAAAGGCAAUAAAGUUGAAAUUUUUCCCACCGAAUACAACAACAAUACUCCAACCAAUGGAUCAAGGCGUGAUUCAAAAUUUAAAAGUCUACUAUCGUCACCGAUUCUUACAGAGAGUUCUUGAAGCUAUGGAUCAGGGACGAGAAUACAAAUCAAAUCUUUUGGAUGCCAUUACAGAUGUUUAUAAGGCUUGGUGCGUCGAUGUUAAAACAAGUACAAUUCGUAAUUGUUUUAACAAAGCUGGGUUUGGUGCUUUUGAUAAUUGGUCCGAUGAAGACUCAGUUCCAUUGUCAACAAUAAGAACAUUAAUAAUCGAGAACAACAGCAACUUUAACAGAGUUUUACCAAGUGAUGAUUAUCCUCUUACAUUUGACGAUUAUGUUGCAGUGGAUGCAAAUGUUGCUACCAUGGAGAUUCCUUCAGACGAAACAAUUUUGAAUGUUAUUACAUCUGAGGAUGAGGAAUCGGAGUCAUCAGAUGACAAUGCUGAAAUCGAAUUUAUUCGAAAAAAAACCCAACGAUAAUGAUAUGCGAUCUGCAUUUGAUAAUAUCCGAAGUUUUAUUGAAACAAGAGAUAAAACCUCAGAUGAUGCAUAUUUUCACCUUACUAAAUUGGAAGAUUUUUAUAAUAAAACAAAAAUCAAAGCUGUUCAUGUCCAAUCGAAAAUUGAUAUGUUUUUAAUUAAAAA